AUGAUUGAAGAAAGGAAUAGUCGGAAAGGUAACUUGAAUUACUCCUUGGAUGAAUUAAUUCAGCUAGAAGCUCCUAGGAAACAAAAGCAAGUACCAUUUAAAAGAAAUAGAAACUCAAGCAAUGGAGGUAGAAAAGUUUCUCAUAAUAAUUUUAGAGGUAAGCGGUGGAAUUUGAAGAGAAAUAAGAUGUCCUGUAACAAUGGUAUUAGGAGUGUGAGAAGAUACUACUUUAGAGAAGUUCCCAAUGAUAAUUACCAAAAGAAAAGUACUAAAGAAGUACAAAAUAAAGGUAUAGAUCUAAAUUUUCAGGAAUUAGAUUGUUUUGAAGUACGUAAAAUGAACUAUAGUGUAAAACCUGAAAACUUGAAUAAACUAUUUGAAUCUGUAGCUAUGAUCCAUAAUAAUGACGAGUCUUCGUUACAAAUAACAAAGAACUCACAUGUUAUCAUUAGUGUACACGAAGUAACUGGAGUACUUCAACUAGACUCACACAAUGAUAGGUCUGAAGGCAUGUUAAACCUUUGGAAUUUGUUUUUAAAGCCCUUAGGCCUUAUUGUGGAGCUUGACGAUAAUGGGAACUGGUCACUUACUGAUGGAAGUUGCUACUUCGAGAAAUUCAAAGAUGGAAUGAUUGUAAGGGGUUCUGGAUCAAGAGAUAUUUCCAGGGGUGUAAGAGCAUCAAUCCUUGAACAACACAUUAAGCAACUACUCGUAUGCCAUGGUGGGGCAGUUGGCAAUACUGUACUGACAUGA